AUGCUGGCCCCGAUGGCUUCAUCUGAUCAUGUGCAAGGAGGGGCGGCGUGCUGUGGCAAAUCGUGGCGUUGUUGCAAUCGGGCGAGGUUCGAAAAUGGCAUCGACCGCUACACGUUGAGAUUCGUAGACCCAAUGCAGGAGGCGGGGUUCGCGCGCAACCACAAGGCGCUGCUAAGCCAAUAUGUGGGACUGACGAUGGGCGUCUUUGCAGCCGGAAGCCUUCUGACGAGCUUGACUGGCCACAGGUUCUGGGACAACUCCCAGUACGCCACGACAGAGGCCCAGGAGCUCAGCAGGUGGCAGCUGAUCAUCCAGACGGUCACGACCUCACUUACAUCCAAUGUCUGGCCUUCGGUUCUGCGAUAUUGA